AUGAAUUCGAAGACCCCACAACAUCCUAUCAGAGUCGCCAUCGUAGGCGGAGGUAUAGCCGGUCUGACCCUAGCUCGGGGUUUAAUCGCUCAGCAACAUCUCCAAACCAGCGUCUAUGAAGCAACGGAGAAGUAUCUAGACAUAGGCGCAGGUCUCGCUUUUCAUGGCAAUGCCAUGCGAGCAUUGGCCAACAUCGAUCAGGCUCUGCACGAUGAGUACUUCGCACGGGCGACACUCAUGGCCGAUAGGGAAAAGGAGCUUGCCACCACUGUGCUCAUCGGCGACGAGGUUGAGGGCGAAGAGAACAUCCUCGCUGAGCUGGGGAAGGCGAAGGGACGAAAGACGGUGGCUCGAGCCGACUUGCUCGAAGGGCUGUACAGUCUUCUGCCCAAGGACGUGAUUCACCUCGGGUGGCGGCUGAGUCAAGUCGAAGAGGACGGCGGAGAGAUCGCCCUCACAUUCGACAAUGGCACGACUGUCCGAACGGAUGUGCUCAUCUCCGCCGAUGGCAUUCACAGCGUGACGAGGAAAUAUCUACUUGGCGCGAAUCAUCCAGCUGCCUCCCCGGUCAACCACGAUCAUUGGUCUUUUGUUAUGCGCAAGGUUCCUGCCGCCGAGGCCAAAGCUCUCAAUCCAGAUCUUCCAAAUCGAGUGCCAAUCUUCUGCGGCGACGGUGGCUACCUCAAUUCGAUCCCAAUACGAUUUGGAGAAGAGAUGACCAUCGCCGCAUAUUCGCAGGACCUCACAGCUACUGUCACAACGGACGGUUCAACAGAUGCCACCACCAGGGCCGAAUUUGACAAGACGCUCGACAACUUCAAGACUUGGCGGAAAGACUGUCAAGAUCUAGCCGAGCUCAUAAGGCGCGAUCCCUCCGCAGGCUGGCCGAUAUUAGACCACGACCCAGCCCCCUUCUACGCCAAGCGCAGGAUAUGCAUCAUGGGCGAUGCGGCACACGCCACCUUCCCUUUCAACGGCCAGGGCGCCGCGCAGGCGAUCGAGGACGCUGCGGUACUGAACACGCUGUUCAAGGAGGUCGCGAAGCUGGAGGAGGUCGACGCCGCGCUGCAGGCGUACGAUGAGGUGCGCAGACCGAGAUCGCAGAAGGUCGCUGAACUAAGCAGGCAGUUUGGGCGGAUGUAUGCUUUCAUUGAGCCAGGAGUUGGGCGCGAUUUGGACAAGACGAGGAAGAUCAUGGGUGCUGGCGCGGUUUUUACUAAUAAUGUUGAUCUUGAUGCGCAGAACGAGGCUGCUGUUUCAGGGUUCAGAGCAGCUGUCAAAGCAAUACAUGACUGA